CAAACUCCAAUUCACUAAUUUAUUUUUUUUCCGUCAAAAUUGUUUGGAGCUUUUGCGCAAGCUCUUAUCCUUUCAAUCGGACAGAACAGCCGCAGCUUCAAGACGACAACUUUUUUCCAAUUCAAUCUUUGCGCUGGGGUGGGGUUUCGUAAGAUUUUAGUUUCGUCUCAAUGUUUCGCCCAAUUACGAUGAACAACGCAUGAUUCAGCUUCCCAGGAACGAAAGUCAAUGGCUACUACUUUCAAUGUUCUCUGUAGUGAUCGGUUUCAUCUCAAAGGAGCUAAUCCUCCGGAGAGACUUAGCAGAACAGUAGUGUAUCCGAGGAUUAGCGAGCUUAAUGUUGUUAGUGUCGCUCGGACAAACAAGAAUCUGUCGUUUAGUUGCAAAAGACUUGGUCGGUUUUCUUGUAAUAGCGAGGUUAAGCGACUAGCGAAUGGCGAUUAUUAUGGUGAAAAUGGUACGAGCAAAGGAACGAGAAGAAGAAGAAGAAGGUUUUCUCUUAGGCUUCGACCUAGAUUACGCUUACUGAGCAUGAGACUCGGCAGAUUCGAUCUCAGAGCAUCACUGCAAGAUUUCAGGUUGUUUCUGAGAAAGAAUAUCAAGAGAGUGAUCUUAUCUACUGGCGUGGCGGUUAUCUUUGGACUUUGUUAUCUGUUCCUGAGGCUAACCGCUGUUCCCUCUCCCUCCAUCGUUCCUUACUCCGACUUCGUAACGAAUCUUCGAGGUGGUUCUGUCUCAAAAGUCUUGCUCGAAGAAGGUUCUCGUCGAAUCUAUUACAACACCGAUGAGAGCGUUGACAACAAGUCUGAGGCUUUGGAAGAAACUGAAGUAGCAGCCGUUACUACGAAAGACGUUGGAAAGGUUCGAGCUUUGGCUCCUGUGUGGAAGUACGUGACGAGGAAAGUAGAUCAUGACGAGAAGUUUCUUCUUAGUUUGAUGAGGGAGAAAGGGAUCACUUAUAGCUCAGCUCCUCAGUCCGCGUUGGUGUCGAUGAGAACUACUUUGAUAACAAUCAUCUCUCUGUGGAUUCCUUUAACUCCGCUUAUGUGGCUUCUCUAUCGGCAACUCUCAGCAUCCAACAGCCCUGCCAAAAAACGACGGUCUAAGAAUCCCACAGUUGGAUUUGAUGAUGUGGAGGGCGUUGAUUCUGCUAAAGACGAGCUCGUUGAGAUAGUGUCAUGUCUUCAAGGAAGUAUAAACUACAAGAAGCUAGGAGCAAGGUUACCUAGAGGCGUGCUUUUAGUCGGUCCACCAGGGACCGGUAAAACCUUGUUGGCUCGAGCUGUAGCCGGAGAAGCUGGAGUUCCCUUCUUCUCUGUUUCCGCUAGCGAGUUUGUUGAAAUGUUUGUCGGAAGAGGCGCUGCGAGAAUCAGAGAUCUUUUCAGUGCGGCAAGGAAGAACUCGCCUUCCAUUAUAUUCAUAGAUGAGCUCGAUGCGGUUGGUGGAAAACGCGGUAGAAGUUUCAAUGAUGAACGUGACCAGACCCUAAACCAGUUGCUUACUGAGAUGGAUGGAUUCGAGUCAGACAUUAAAGUCAUUGUAAUCGCAGCAACUAACCGACCAGAAGCGUUAGACCCUGCUCUUUGUCGGCCAGGACGAUUCUCGAGAAAAGUUGUGGUUGCAGAACCGGACCAAGAAGGACGUAGGAAAAUCUUGGCAGUACAUCUGAGAGACGUGCCUCUAGAAGAAGAUGCGUUUCUCAUAUGUGAUCUGGUUGCUUCUCUGACUCCCGGAUUCGUAGGUGCUGAUCUCGCCAAUAUCGUCAAUGAAGCUGCAUUGCUCGCUGCUCGUAGAGGCGGGGAAGCUGUGGCAAGGGAAGAUAUAAUGGAAGCGAUAGAGAGGGCGAAGUAUGGGAUCAAUGAUAAGGAAGUGAAGCAAAGGACGUUAGGAAAUGAACUCAGCAAGCUGUUCCCAUGGAUGCCAUCUUUGGCUGGUGGGAGGAACAGUCCAGAUCAAGACGGUUUACAAGGACCGUUAGGUUAUCAAUCUCUUAGCUAAACCAAACCAACAAAAACCGGUGAAAGAGCAAAUCCACUGAUACGAAGUUUCUUUGCAUCUGAAUUUUGUUGAAAUGUACGUUUUUUAAUCUUUGUUUACAAAGCGUUUUGUCAGUCUGAUACAUAAUGCGGUUAAAACGUCGUCGUUCACAGAACGUAAUGUAAAAUAUGUACUACAUGCAUUGAAUAAAACGUCGUCGUUUUACGAA